UCUCUCCACUGAGCUCUAGGAUGUGGAUGUGAGGAAGGCGAGCAAGGAAGGCAGAUGGCGACGAGGAACAGCCAGAACCCCAUGCCCAUGGGCACGGCUCGGGGUGACCCUGGAGAGGCAGGAACGCGCUCAGCUCCUGGUGCUGGCAUUCGGGACACAAGCUCAGCCACUCAGCUGAAGAUGAAGCCCAAGAAUGUGCGCAGGAUCAAGGCCCUCAUCAUCGACCUGGGCUCGCAGUACUGUAAGUGCGGCUAUGCAGGAGAGCCCCGGCCCACCUACUUCAUCUCCUCCACGGUGGGCAAGUUCAGCUCCGAGGUGGCUGACGUGGGCGAUGCCCGAAAGGAGACCUACGUGGGCCACGAGCUGCUCGACAUGCAGAGCCCCCUGAAGCUGGUUAACCCUCUGAAGUACGGCGUUGUGGUGGACUGGGACUGCGUCCAGAGCAUCUGGGAGUACAUCUUCCACACGGCCAUGAGGAUCCUCCCCCAGGAGUACGCCGUGCUGGUCUCCGACUCCCCGCUCAGCCCCAGCAGCAACCGGGAGAAGUACGCGGAGCUCAUGUUCGAGACCUUCGGCAUCCCCGCCAUGCACGUGACGUCCCAGUCGCUGCUGUCCAUCUACUCCUAUGGCAAGACCACAGGGCUGGUGGUGGAGAGCGGGCACGGCGUCUCGCACGUGGUCCCCAUCUCGGAGGGCAACUUGCUGCCAGGCCUGACGGGCCGCGCCGACUACGCCGGGAGCGACCUCACCAACUACCUGCUGCAGCUGCUCAAUGAGGCCGGCCAGAAGUUCACUGACGACCACCUGCACAUCGUGGAGCACAUCAAGAAGACGUGCUGCUACUCGGCUUUGCUGCCCGAGAAGGAGGCCUGCCUGGGCCUGGAGGAGCUGCGCGUGGACUACGAGCUCCCCGAUGGCAAGCUCAUCACCAUCGGCCACGAGCGCUUCCAGUGCGCCGAGAUGCUCUUCAAGCCCACCCUGGUGGGCAGCAACCACCCUGGCCUCCCUGCGCUCACGGCCUCCUGCCUGGGCCACUGUCAGGAGGCAGGCUUCAAGGAGGAGAUGGCCGCCAACGUGCUGUUGUGUGGUGGCUGCACCAUGCUGGAUGGCUUCCCCGAGCGCUUCCAGAGGGAGCUGAGCCUCCUCUGCCCUGGGGACAACCCCACAGUGUGUGCCGCGCCGGAAAGGAAGACCUCGGUGUGGACCGGCGGCUCCAUCCUGGCAUCGCUGCAGGCCUUCCAGCAGCUCUGGGUCAGCAAGGAAGAGUUUGAGGAGCGGGGCAGUGCAGCCAUCUACAUCAAGUGCUGAGUGAGGACCCCCACAGCCAGGCCUUGUGGGCAGGCGACCUCAGGCCACUCUAUACAUUUACAGGAUUUCACAUAAAAUUUUA